GCAACGCAAGUCGAGCGGCCAAUCGGGAUCGAGGCGCGCGCCCAUGAUCGAGGUUCAUUCACAACUCGUAUCUCCAAGCUCCCACACGGCCGCCACCUUGACUGGAGCGUCCUCGACGUCCAACACCCUCGCUUCUUAAUCGCAGACGUUGUGCGAGCCUUGUGCGCGCCCACCGAUUGUCACGUAGCGUGCCGCACAUCGGCUCCUCUGCCCGAGACACCGCUAGCAAGCGGCCGCUGGUACCUCAGCGCAUCCAAGGUCGCACUUGCAUUCCCUAUCCAGGGUAGGCGUCUCUCUCCGCGCUCCUUCCCGCCAAGCCAAGCGGCUUUUUGUAGUCUGCUUGCGCUCCGACCAAACGCUUUGCGACGCCGAGCGAGCGUCCAGUUGCGCAUCUCCAUCACACCACCGGCCUAAAGUUGUGCGAUGGGAAACAUCCUCUGUGGCUGUUGCGGUCGCUCGCGCAACGCUCAGUACGAGCCACUGCUGCUCGACAAUGAGCGCGACGCUGUGGCCGACUUGUUGCAAUAUCUCGAGAAUAGGGCAGAGACAGACUUUUUCACAGGCGACCCUCUUAGGUCUCUUUCCACCCUUUCAUUCAGCGACAAUGUCGACCUUCAGCGCAGCGCAGCCCUAGCGUUUGCGGAAAUUACGGAAAAGGAGGUGCGAGAGGUGGGCAGGGAUACGCUGGAGCCUAUCAUGUUCUUGCUGCAGAGCCAUGAUGUUGAGGUUCAGCGCGCUGCCAGUGCAGCGCUUGGCAACUUGGCCGUGAACUCCGAGAACAAGCUUCUCAUUGUCAAGCUUGGCGGUCUCGAGCCUCUGAUCCGCCAAAUGCUCAGCCCGAACGUCGAGGUUCAGUGCAACGCAGUCGGAUGCAUCACCAACCUGGCAACUCACGACGAGAACAAGACCAAGAUUGCAAAAUCCGGCGCGUUGGUUCCGCUCACCCGCUUGGCCCGCUCGAAGGACAUGCGUGUUCAGAGAAACGCCACAGGUGCACUGCUGAACAUGACUCACAGCGACGAGAACAGGCAGCAGCUUGUCAAUGCAGGUGCUAUUCCCGUCUUGGUCGGUCUGCUGGGAAGUAGCGACACCGACGUCCAAUACUACUGCACAACCGCCCUGUCGAACAUUGCCGUGGAUGCUGCCAACCGCAAGAAGCUUGCGCAGACGGAGCCGAGACUAGUGCAGAAUCUGAUCGGCCUCAUGGAAAGCUCCAGUUUGAAGGUGCAAUGCCAGUCCGCGCUGGCUCUCAGGAACCUCGCCUCGGACGAAAAGUACCAGCUCGAGAUCGUUCGCAGCAACGGACUGCCGCCUCUCCUCCGCCUUCUUCGCUCUUCGUUCUUGCCUCUCAUCCUUUCAGCCGCGGCAUGCGUUCGCAAUGUCAGCAUUCACCCUCUCAACGAAUCGCCGAUUAUCGACGCAGGUUUUUUGCACCCUCUGAUCGACUUGCUGAGCCACGAGGACAACGAAGAGAUACAAUGUCACGCCAUCUCGACACUGCGCAAUCUCGCUGCAUCGUCGGAACGCAACAAGACGGCGAUUGUGGAAGCUGGCGCGGUCGAGCGUAUCAAGGAGCUAGUGCUCAACGUGCCUCUUUCUGUGCAGUCGGAAAUGACGGCCUGCGCAGCCGUGCUGGCCCUUUCAGAAGACCUCAAACCUCAACUACUCGAGAUGGGCAUCUGCGAGGUCUUGAUUCCCCUCACUGCAUCGCCGUCGGUAGAGGUUCAAGGAAACUCUGCUGCUGCUCUCGGCAAUCUCAGCUCCAAGUCUGACGACUAUGCGCCUUUCAAUGCCGUCUGGUCGGAGCCAGAAGGCGGUCUGCAUGGCUAUCUCGUCCGCUUCCUCGAGAGCGCCGACACGACGUUCCAGCACAUUGCAGUGUGGACAAUCGUUCAGCUGCUCGAGAGCGGUGAUGCUCAGCUCGAGCAGAACAUUCGCGAGUCUCAGCACGUCUUGCCUCUUAUCAGACGCUUGUCUGACACGCCCGCAGGCAGCGAGCGGGGAGGUUCCGCCUUGGCAGGGCCCAACGCGGAUGGAGGUUCUGAUGAUGGUGGGGACGCGGAAGGCGAAAUUGCCAGCCUGGCCCGCCGGAUCCAAGACAUGCUUCUCGACGACGGCGGUGCGUCAGCCAGCGCAUCGGAUGCGCACACCGAUGGCAGGUGAUCGCGUCUCCCCUCACUGCGUGGCCAAGCCACACACACUGCGAGGGCCUUGGGCACAUGCGAGCGUAUCCUCAUGAUCGAGCGAUUGUUCCCACGCUCAACCGAGCUUAUUCCUCUGGCGCUAUCGCUCCAUUCGAGCCCUUCUUCCUUACUGUUCGUCUGUCCCUUGCUUCACACGACACGCGCGCGCAAGACAAGACUGCGAAUGAUAUUUGACACCAUAUGCAUUCUCAGAGUGAAGAGUGAUACAGAAUAACGACUGAGAUGCGCAGAGGCGCAUUUCUAUUGCGCCACGCGUCGCUGGAGAGACAUUUGAGAGCACCUUUCUGUGCCCGCGCUGCGCGAGC